UCGAGGAUACUGAGAAGGUGGGCGGAGCCAGACUGGUGUAACUCAAACAUGGCGGCGUCUGCAGAAGACGAAUUUGACUUUAACACUCAGGACUACUAUUCUCUUCUCAACGUCAGGAAAGAGGCAACAUUAGAGGAGCUGAAAUCAUCAUAUCGUAGGCUUUGUAUGCUCUAUCAUCCAGACAAACAUCGAGAUCCAGAGCUGAAGAGACAAGCGGAGCAGCUUUUUAACCAGGUGCACCAGGCCUAUGAAGUGCUGAGCGACGCUCACUCCAGAGCCAUCUAUGACAUCUUUGGGAAGAAAGGGCUGGAGGUGGAGGGCUGGGAGGUGGUGGAGAGGAAGAGGGCACCGGCAGAAAUUCGAGAGGAAUAUGAACGACUACAGAGGGAAAGAGAAGAGCGACGACUGCAGCAAAGAACAAAUCCCAAGGGCACCAUAAGUGUUGGUGUGGAUGCAACAGACCUGUUCGACCGUUACGACGAGGACUUUGAGGAGAUGCCAGGAGGAGGCUUUCCUCAUGUAGAAAUCAACAAGAUGCACAUAUCCCAGUCCAUAGAGGCUCCUCUGACAAAUACUGACACAGCCGUUCUGUCUGGCUCCCUUUCUACACACAAUGGGAGUGGAGGGGGCAACAUUAACAUGACCGUACGCAGAGUUACGUCGGCAAAAGGCUGGGGGGAGGUAGAGUUUGGUGCAGGAGACAUACUAGGACCUCUUGUUGGGUUAAAGGUGUUCCGUAACAUUACUCCGCGCUGUUUCCUCACAGCCCAGUGCGGUUUGCAGUUCUCUCCUCGAGGCUUGCGGCCAAGCUGCUCUCUGAUGACAGCACGCCACCUGGACCAGAACACUAUGGGCUACCUUCAGUGGCGCUGGGGGCCCAAUAGCGCCAUGACUACCAGCCUGGUCCGAGACACAAAGAGCAGCCACUUCACCCUAGCUCUGCAGCUGGGUGUGCCUCACUCCUACCUGAUGAUGAGUUACCAGUACAAGUUCCAGGAUGAAGACCAGACCAAAGUGAAAGGCUCGGUCAAGACCGGCUGGUUCGGUACCGUAGUGGAGUACGGAGCGGAGAGGAAGAUCAGCCGACACAGUGUUCUGUCGGCCGCCGUCAGCAUUGGUGUCCCACAGGGAGUCACGCUCAAGAUCAAGCUGGCACGUGCCAGUCAGACGUACCUGUUUCCAGUCCACCUGACUGAUCAGCUGCUGCCCAGUGCGGUCUUCUACGCCACUGUAGGACCUCUCCUGGUGUACAUGGCCGUCCACAGACUGAUCAUAAUCCCGUACACCAAAGCUCAGAAGGAGCAAGAGCUGGAGCUGCAGAGGAAAAGCUCCGCCACCGACAUCGCCCAGAAGAAGCAGGAGGCAGAGUCCGCUGUUCUGCUGAUGCAGGAGUCUGUGAGGAGAAUCAUAGAAGCAGAAGAAUCCAAGAUGGGUCUUAUCGUCCUGAACGCCUGGUACGGGAAGUUUGUGUCUGACACCAGCCAGAAGCAGGACAAAGCCAAGGUUAUUGACGUCACUGUGCCGCUGCAGUGCCUGGUCAAAGACUCCAAACUCAUCCUCACUGAAGCGUCUAAGGCAGGGCUGCCGGGCUUUUACGACCCUUGUGUUGGAGAGGAAAAGAGCCUAAAACUACUAUACCAGUUCAGAGGGGUCAUGCAUCAAGUCAUCUCUGCAGACACCGAGCCGCUACGAAUACCCAAGCAAUCUCACAGAAUCGAGUCCGAGUCCUAAGAGCCCGCUGCUGUCGAAGUACCAGAGAGCAAGUGAGGAUAAAACAGACUUCGUGUGCAGGGAAGAAACCCCACGACUCUUAACAGGAGCUGGUUUCUCUGCUGUAGCUCUCCUCUGUCUUUGUAUUAGUGAAUCCGUCCCACAGCUCUGUCCACUCCUUCCUUUCCUUAAGGCCAGUUCUCGGCUCCAGCUGGGUCAGCUCUGAGUUUUCCUUGCUGGCCGAUCCGGCUCGCAUCUCUCCGCCACAGGAGAUCCGACGUCAGUCCUGAACUAAGGUUUUAUAUUUGUAGGACACAGAGGGGCUGAUUAUUACUGUAGAUAUGGUGAUGCCAUAUACAACGGAGGCAUCAUUUUCACUGUAUGAUUGUACUAUUUGUCCUUGAUGUGUCUUGCUCUGAUAUUUUUCAGCAUAACUAAGUCAUUCAGGCAGAAGACUGUGGGAACAGCACCGUGCAGGACCGUGUUUCAGUUAGCCCUGGGCUAAUCAGGAUGGAGGACAGGCCGAGAUCAUGUUUUAGGGUCAUGUUCAAAAGUGUUUUGUUCAAAUUUGUAAUAUUAUUUCAGUGGCGUCGCUGCUGAGUGUUGCUGUAGGUGUCAGCUGUUACUUUAUAAUGAUUAACUGUGAAGAAAAGGAAAAAUGAAGGCGGUAUAGAUUGGACAAGCCUUCUGAUAGUUGUGAUCCAACUAAAAACAGACAGGUUUUUAUUUUCCUCAUGGAUUUUUAAUAGUGUAGAAUGCAGCUUAGAGGCAGAAACACAGCUUGGAUUUAAUCUGAGUUUGUGUUCAUUGAUCAUUUCUGAGGAGUUGGGAGCCAAAACUGAAUUUUCUGUGAUUUUUCAUAUGCUGAAGGUUAUAGUUUGUACUUGUUUACUGGGCACAAAGCCAGUAGUAACCAUAAAUAUUGGUGUAGUAUUUAAAACUAAAAGCAAAAACAUGAAUAUGUUUGCUGAGAUUUAGAAAAAGUGUUUAAAGAGGUCCUUCACUCAUAUUUUAAUACAAUUGCAAUGGUCUAUAGUAGAGAUAAGGAGUCUUCUCUCCUCUGAUUGGCCAAUAGCAACACAGCUACCACUAUCUUUGCUUUGCAACGUUGAUGUUGUAUCUCCACAAAUAGCACAAAUCAGAAGGAGUUCUGCCAUGUGGUGGAGUUGCUAAUGCUAGUGAUUAGCUUCUACUAGCCGAGAUGUUCUCUGCUGUUUCCUGGACGCUAAACCAACAACAGCCUUCCCCGUCAUGAGUCAAGAUGACUGAGUCUAUAUAUGUUGUGACAGUGUGAUUAAUCUGUCAGGCUAUUCAAAUCCUAGAGUUUCACCAUCUAUUUUCUAUCGGAAGCUAAUGCAGGAGAUAGGUGUAGGAGACUAUUUUCAUGAUCAGACUGCAUGAAAAAGAGUAACCGAUCGUUUUCAAAAAUAAGUAAAACUGGUUUCUCAGUGAAGAACCUCUUUAAAGAAACUAUCAAACCUGCAUCCUGUAGCUCCUUUACUGCUGGAGCCCCACAAAAACUGGUCUAUUUAUGUUUUUGUUGCUGUAUACGUAGCAGAAGUGCAGAUGGAUUUCCAUUGCCAUCUAUUUUUUAGUGGUUCACACACUAUUUGACCUCUGCUGUAACUGGUUCCUCAGCAGAACGGCACACACAGCGCUCCCAACUCCUGAUGAACAAUCAAGUGUGGUGGCACUUAGAGGUGCUAAUUCCAGCCGAACAGUAAAGCUCUCAUUUAGGCCAGUUUAAUUGGAUUUUACUCCCUAUCUGAUUGGUCCAUCUGUUGGUGGAUGGAUUGUGCAAUAACAAAAAGCUGCUUAUCGCUUUACUUUUAAUUUUUGGAGGGAGCAAACUAUUUAAUGAACUACAGGGAAACCUCAACAUUACCAGAAACACUAAAAGUAGUUAAAAAGCUGCAUUUUCACAGCCUACAAAGGUUAUAUUUUUGCACUAAAUGUAAAUACAUAUCAUAGGUAUGAGGCUAAUUAACAUAGUGCUGAAAACUUCAAUGUAGCAGUUUUACAUUGGAUUAAGUAAAGCUGAUCUUGUUACUGCAGCAGCCGUUUUGCACUGAACCCUUAGUAUUGUUUUAUUUCUGUUGUCUUAAAUGUGCCGUUUUGUUAGAUCAUCUGGUCUCUUUCUGCAGAAGCUGCUCCUUCACUUCCACAUUCCACCCAAACGGACUUGCAUUAUGUAAAUGUUGCUUAUGGUUGAAAGGAGCCGGCGCUCAUCCUGUAAAGAUAACAAUAAAUAUGGAGUAAGAGCA